UUGGAAAUUGUGAUAAUGGAUCACAGCUAUUCAACUGUGAACAAAACACCUGUCGCCGCCAACAGCAGCAUGAAACCUCUGACUGAGCGACAACAAAUGGCUUUACUUCUUCAGAUGACUUCUGAAGACAAUGCUACACCUACAAGAAGAGGGAAAAGCAAUUUUGAGUCUCCUUGUUCUGGUCAACGUUCUGUUAAUCGAAGAAAUGAGAGAGGAGAAACACAACUCCAUGUGGCUGCCAUUCGUGGGGAUGUUAACAAAAUCAAAUCACUCAUUUCUGAAGGUGCAGAUGUCAAUACCGAAGACUAUGCAGGUUGGACACCUUUGCACGAGGCUGCAAAUCGUGGUCUUGUAACUGUUGCCAGAGAAUUGUUAAAGAAUGGAGCCAAAGUGAAUGUUACUGGUCUUGAUGGUGUUACUCCACUCCAUGAUGCAUCAGUUAAUGGCCAUACAAGCAUGAUCACUCUCCUUUUGCGUUAUGGAGCAAAUCCAUCUUUAAAAACAGCUUCACAAAAGACUGCAUUAGAUCUGGCAGGGUCUCCACAAGUGAUUCAAAUACUGGCUCAAAAUAAUCAUCAAAAAGAAGGAAUGACAGAUGAAAAUUCACCGGAAGGUGUAUCAUACAGUCCCACCAUAGAGAGUUCAUGGAAAGUGCAGAAACAGAGUUGCAAAAGUCGACGUAAUCUACGACUGGAUUGUUUUUCUGCCGGGCAAACUCAUGUGAUCAGUCGAGACGAAAUGGAACCUAGUAUAAAUGUAACAACAGAAGAAAGUAAAGAUGCAAAACCGUCCACAGAGAGUGAAGUUGCGACAGCAGGUUCAUCUGUAAAUUGUGAAGAGGCUGUUAAAGAAGAAAUUAAGGAAGCAGAAACCACAUCCGAAAUUCCAGCAAGUCAAAAGAGAACAUUGGAAGCUGAAGAGGAAGAUGAUGAUACAAAAAAGAAGCGUAGAAAAGAUGAUGUGAAGGAAACCAAACCUCGUGCUGGGUCUAAUAUCAGGAGUAAAGACAGAAAGAGUCCUAAUACUAUACAGGCUGAGGGUGUUCCAAAUGACAGUGAUGAUGACAAAAAAGAACCUAAAGUACCACCUUUAAAAAUAGUCUUGUCAAACUCAAAUGAGGUUGAUACUAAUAUAAGGUCCAAAAGUGGAAAUGGCAGAAGUUCUUUAGCAUAUGUGGUUUCAACAAGUGAUGAAAAGAAUGAGAACAGUAAUGGGGGCAGUGAAAAGAAUGAUGAUAAAGUCAAAGAUUCAAUUGACAUAGAAAAGAGUGGUAGUACAUCUUCAAAUGGUGGCAGAGUCACUAGAAGCUCACAAAGAGCUGCUGCCACUGCAGCUCAUUCCACACCAACAUCUGGGCAGAAUAGUGCCAAUCAGUCUCCAACCUCUAGCCCAACACAGAAUCCAACCAAUCAGACCCCCUCCCCAGAUCCAGGUGAAAUGGCAAAUAAUGAGCAGCAACCAAUGGCAACUGUGGUAAAAGCAGAGGAAACCAAACCAGAAGAACCACCAGUGGAGGUUCAUCCGAGGAAGAGGAAACUUCGCCCACGUGAACCCGAACCACCAGUGGAAACGGUUGUAGCUGCUACGGCGAAUGCAGUCCAACAGCCUCCAGAAAAUGCUGCACCUCCUCUGCCCGUUACCAAUUGUUACGAGAUGUACUUUAGUAUCAGGAAGCAGAUUGAGCGACGCCACCGAAACUUGCUUCCUGUGCAGCCCAAACCACCACAAGGAUUCAAAGACUAUUUGAUGAACCGCUGCACCUACGUGAUAGCAGGCAAUGCGGCUUCUCGCUUGUCUGUACCUGUCGUGUCCCCACCACCUUCAUUACCACCACCCAUGCGAGAUUUAUUUGCUGAACAAGAAAAAGAGAGAUAUAGGUUACGAAUGCAGCAUUUAAUUGAAAAAGAAAAGCUUGUUCUUUCGGUAGAACAAGAAAUAUUACGGGUCCAUGGACGAGCAGCUCGUGCAUUGGCUAACCAAUCACUCCCUUUUUCUGUGUGCACCCUUUUGAAAGAUCAAGAGGUUUAUUCAGCUCUAACUCCUGAGCAGGAAGAGAAAGACCGAAAUGCUCGAUCGCGUUAUAAUGGACGUCUAUUUCUUUCCUGGCUCCAAGAUGUCGAUGAUAAAUGGGAAAAAAUCAAGGAAUCUAUGUUGUUGCGUCACCAUAAUGAGGCCGAGUCCCUGCAUGCUGUCCAACGAAUGGACUGGGAAUGGAAAAUCAAAGAACUGGGACUAUGUGAACCGCAGAACAAGCCAGUUGUUGAUGAGCUUCACGUUCCCAUGGUUAACGUGUCUGACGAUUUUGACUUUAACUAUAACACUAACUAAUUCUUCGGUGGCUAUAUGUUUCGCAUCGAUAGAAUGCAAAUGACACCAAUUGAAGUUUUGGCUGUGUUCCGAUUGUUGUUCGAAGGGCAAGGCUGUCGUUGACCUUUUUGCAUGAUCGCUUGCUUAUUCAUAUCUAUGGAUUUAAACGCAAUUUUUUAAUACUUGUGUGCUGAUGCCAUUAAUAUUGACGUUUACAGUUGUACAGGGUGAAAUGAACAUACUGGAAAUAAAACAUUGUUUUCAA